AAUUAAGGCAGGAGGGGGAAAAGUGUAUGGGAGAGUGCGCGCGCGCGGGCGCUCUCCCCAGACACCACAACACCGUUCAGUUGGCACUUGCUGCCACACCAUAUUUUUGUAUAUUAAGAGGCACAGGAAGGUGGCAUCAUGCCCGAGAAGGUAGUUGCUACAAUGGAGGAAAAUCCUCCGAAGGUUAAUAAAUGGGAUGGCAAUGCUCUUAAAAAUGCCCUUGAUGAUGCAGUGAAGGAUGUGUUGUUGUCUCGCUUUAGCUACAUUGAGUCUCACAAGCUUCUUGAUGGGCGACUAAUAAUAUCAUCUGUGGCAGUGGGAUUCUCAGUCUUUGCUCUCAUUUGGGAUCUGCUCUAUCCAUUUCCACAGUCCAGAACUGUAAUGUGUGUAUGUGUGAUAUCCUAUUUCAUUAUGAUGGGUGUAUUAACAUGGUACACUACCUACCUGGAGUGUGGCAUCUUCUGCACAGCCCUGAAGAAAGAUGCUGCUGGGAUUGACCCAGAUGAUGUAUGGAAUGCUUCCUCUUCUCUUAAGAGGUUUGACAAUAAGUACCACCUGCGCGUUACUCAGAAAGCUGGCAAGACAGGGAAGGCCAAAGAAGCCCGCACUGUCCUCACUGUUGAGAACUACUUUGAUGAGACUGGCAAGCUUUUGUAUGGAUCUGUAGCCAAAGAAGUUCUACGUUUGCAUUCUGAUGUAGAGCACAAGAAAAACUAGAUUUACUUGUUUUAAAUGUUAGAUUAGCCACAAGAGGGAUUAGUUGCUGAAAUAUUUCAAGGAAACUUACUUUUUCCCAUGCUAAGUCUGCCAAGACAAUAUGGUCACACUCUUUCCUGGUUAUGUACAUCGACAGUUAUUUUGGUUAUCAAAUUAAAGCUUUACCCUGAAGAAUUAUUAUUUUUGUCUUUUGGUAUUAAUUAUUGUAAUAAAUGGUUCAAAAUCUAUGAAUGGUAUUACUAUACAUUUUAAUACUGUAAUUGACUUGUGUAUGUUUUCCCAAGCAAUGUGUUUCAUAUCUUGUGUCUUAGAGUAAAUAUUAUCUUGAGGAUAUUUAAUGCUAUCCUGUAACUUUUAUCAUUUUAUAAGAUUAAGUUUUGGCAUAAGCCUUAAUACUAUUUCUAUAAUGUAUUCAGUAGGUACUGAUAACAGAGAAUCAGUUCUUAAUACAAAUAUGUCGUCUUGGUGUUUCUUGCUAAUUCAUUUGUGAAGAUGAGAACUUUUACCAUCUUCUGUUCAUUUAUGAAGAUUUGCUGAAAUUAUUUUCAAUUAGCUAUCUUAGAAAUUAAUUUGAAGUAUUUAUUUAAAAAUCUAAGUCCAAGUUACCCAUAGAAAAGUGACUAGAAACUAACUCAAAAUAGAACGAUGUUUCUUUUCAUAGAUUUCAGUGUGUUGCAGCAGCCUUAUUUGAUGCUUAUUACAUUUUGCUUUCUCCAAGCAUAAAUCUUUAUAAACUCUAAUAUAUUUUUCAUUACAGUAUUAUCACUGCUCAUAAUUAAUUAUAAUAAUGUGCAGGCGACCAGUGAUUUGUCUUUUCCCCACAUUUACGGCCAUUUUUUUUUUUCCAGGUAAGACUGCCCAUAAAAUUCCUAAAUUUUAGUUUGAUAUUGGUUAACAGAAAUUGCAUUUAUAACUUUGUAGCAGUGGGAAAUGGCAGUUCAGCUUAAAACAGCAUGACUGGCAACGGUCUCCUGGAACUAAUUAGGUUGUAAGCACGGGGGAGAAAGGGGGUUGCAUAUAUUUCAGGAAUUGGUGGUAAUGUAUUUUGAAGUACUGUAUUUUUUUACUGGAACUUUGGCAGAGGUUGCUUGACAUUCCUGUUGGUUUUUAUUACAAACAUUUCAGGUUUUAAGUUACUGCCAAAUCUGUAGAAAAUAAAAAUUACAUGGAAGAUA